AUGCGGCGGCGACAGUAUCUCUCCUCAUCUGUUUUCGUCCUUUCUCUAACCGUGUCGACAUUGUUUGGCUUCCGGCCCUUCUCGUUGCAACACCGGAAAGUGAAGCAGCCAAGAUCAUGGCGAACAAGUUCAGCUGAGGUCGGCGCACAGAUGUCGCUGUUGCCGACAGUCACUCCUCCCGAAACAAUUAGGCCCAAGGGUGCCGAAUCACUCCCCUUUCGAGCGGAGAACGUUUGGGAAAAGAUGGCGUUAAAAAUUGCAAAAGCGGACGAAGAUCCAUCGCAGCUAACAGACUUUGUCCAACUCGUUUCGAUUCUACGCGUAGGCUUUCCAGCCCUCGCGCUGGCAAUUGUUGCCAAUCUUUCUUAUCCUCCCAUGUCUAUGGCACUCGCAAACGUUAUUGACGAUUCCGGCGUUUUUGCGGUUAUAUCACAAGAUGCUUCACAGUAUAUUCAGAAUAUUCUAACAACCUCAGGUCUUGUCUUUGCCCUUCUCGUCGGACAAACCUAUUACUUUAUGUACCAGCAGCAAGAAAAGAUCUAUUUAGCUCUCUUUCAAGAGGUCACAAUAGCGAAAUCGCUCGUAGAACAAGUCAGUUUAGUUUGUCGGGGUCGAGAAACACUAUACAGCCGUAUCAUGGCAUGUAUAGAUCGCUACGUCAAGGAAGAUUUGACGCGCUUCAACGAUAAAGAGCCCGCUGAACUCAUUAGCGCUCGACCCUGUGACGAUCCACUCGAAGAUAUUCUGUACUUGACUAGUGUGGGCGAACCGUCCAUUAUCUAUCAAACCGUGCGUUCUUUGCGCCAGGCACGUGCCUUUCGACUGGGGGCGUUACAACGCAAGUUGCCGGCAUUGCACAUGACCUUGCUGUGGGUAUUGGGCGGGAUUGUGCUAUGCACGUUUCCAUUAUUGGGCGCUGGAUCCCAGACCAUUGGUGGAAUGCGUAUCCUGAUAGUGCAAGCCUGGUAUCUUUCGUUUAUUGUGUUCGGCAUGGCUUUGACGCUCGGUGUCAUUUACGAGCUGCAGCGACCGGGUGAGAAGGGCGCCUACAAUGCUCGUAUGGUUUUGACCGUGAUGGUGGCCGGCUUGGAGGAAGAAUUGGCCCAGCGAUUGAACGGGGACAUUGGUUUGGUGUCAUCGGAUGGAUGGCAUGAACCUUCGAUUGACGGGGAUGGUGCCUUUGAAGAAGAAUUAUUGAUGCCCAAAGAGUUUUGA